AUGGUCCUCGAAACAGUACCUCAGAAUUGGUAUAGAGAUGAGUUUCUAAUCUCAACCGAACCAUUGCUCGUUCAAGUCGAUGCAGUAAACGAAGCUUUGAGUUCGGAUCUGAUGUGGUGGGCACAAGGGCUACCACGAGACAUGGUCAAAAAGGCACUCCAUAAUUCUUUGUGUCUUGGACUAUAUGUGCUUCCCAAAUCAACUUCGGAGAUGGCUGGUAAGUUAUUUUUCAGACUAUUAUCUGUAGAGCCUCAGCUUAUUUACCUUACAGGCCAAAGUAGUCCCAAACAAGUUGGACUUGUGAGAGUGGUGACCGACGAUGUCACAUUCGCAUAUCUCACUGAUGUAUACAUCUUGCCUGAAUAUCAGGGGAAAGGACUCGGCCGUUGGAUGAUGGAGUGUCUCAACGAAGUCAUCCAAGGUUGGACUCAUCUGCGGCGAUUUAUGUUCUUGACUAGCGAUACGAUGGAUCUAUAUCGCAAAUACCUCGGCGCUAAGGACUGGCACGAGUGUGACACGAAAGGCAUUUCUAUCGGGUUGAUUGAGGGGCCUGCAGCUCAGCAUCCAAAGCAUGUCUAG